AUGCCUUCUAAAAGAUACAGCCAUGCCCCAAACCCUGGAACUUGUAUCACCUUUGACGACAAAGGUGUGAGGUGGGAUGGGGGAUGGAGCAAGUCAGGGAGAAGAGCAAGUGUGGGCUUAGGCCAGGAAAGAUGGAGAUUUUUUUUGCCUAGUGUGUCUUUAUGGGAAAUCUUCUCCUAUCUGCACGCCUUCAGCUUGCUCCAGGCUGCCCAGGUGAACAAGAGCUGGCCUGAGGUUUCAGGCAGUGAUCUCCUGUGGAGGAAGCUGUGUCUGAAAAGAUGGCCCUGUUGUGACAUCCGCCUAGAACUCCUGAACGCACAGGAAAGUUGGAAGCAAUUCUUCCUUCGCCAAACUAGGCAAGAACACUCUAUGACCCGGGCCAAGCCAGAAGACUUCAUCUACAAAGAAAUACUUGGGGACUUCGGAUUGGGUAAUGUGAACUAUCUCUCGGGGAGUGGCUUGACCAGAGAAGGACAAGGAAGAUCGGUUGUCUGCUUGGUAAUAUCCUUGACUCGCCUUUUCGCCUGGGAUCUUCAAGAGGGUGUUAUGACCUGGGCAAGCCCAGCACAGUCUACCAAGAUUGAGAGAGUGGCUACCCCCUCUGAGAUGCACAUUGCAAUCACUGUAGAUAUGGAAUCAACCAUCAAGGUGUGGAACUGUCGUGAGACUAACGCCAUGUCUGCUUCCUGUGGGUCGCUGGAAGCUGUCCUUACAAAGGAUGGCCCAUUUGUCUUGGCCAUGGAUCUGUCAGUUCACUGGACUGUCUUCAUGGUCUCUACCAGGUUAGAGUCCCAUGGAAUUCAUAAAGUUACAGCCUUCUGGUUACCAUAUUAUAUCGAGGGCCUAGGAUGGAUGGGAGUCAGCGAUAAGAAUGCAAUUGUGUUUUCAAGCAAGUCAUCUCUAUUUGUCUAUAACAUGCAAGGCAUCCAGCUGCAGAGAUUUGAAGGCUGCCUGCAAAGGACCAUGAAAUUACUAGUGGAUCCCCUCCACGUCAUCUCUACAUUUACUGAUGGUUCUUUGGAUGUAUACACGUGGGAGGAGAGAAGACUAUACCUCAGGAAGUGUUACCGUCUACAAAACGAGACACAUGUGGGACCAACAAGAGCUGCCCUCAGACAGCCUGAAAGAAGUUCGGCAAGUGGGAAGAGCAUCCUCCUGUCAUGGCCACCUGCAGCAGAUGCGGUGCCUGCGCAUCACCCCUGCAGCUGCGCUGCAGUUUUCCACUCGCCCCAGCUGCCUGCUUUUCUCUUCAAGCUCAAUGCUGGGGACAGCUGCUCCACCUCUGGUGUGUGGAGACCUGGCCUGAGGAAGCUGCAGUUCACACCCCCUCUAACGCCCGCCAUCUGUGAAGUGGCUCUGGACAAACUGUCCUUUCCUGACAAGGACUUUGGAGAUGACAAAGAAGGCCCCCUCUUGGAAAUGUAUCAGCCCAUCUCUUCAAACCUUCAGGAAGCAGAGCCUGCCACCUGA